UUUAAUCAUGAAAGCAGUGUUUCCCAACCUGAGGAACAUUAUGUGUUUCUGGCCAAGUACUAACACAGUUAAUUCAACUCAUCAACUCAUCAUGAAUAGUGGAAUCAGGUGUGUUAAUGCUAGGGUAAAAACUACAAUGUGCUCCACUUUGGGUCCCAGGACCAGGAUUAAGACACACUGGUGUGAAGUGUGUUGUGACUGACUCACUUGACUUGAUAGGUGAUGGGGGUGCCGGUGGUGGUGAGCGAUAGUAGUGGGGCCAGAAACCUCCGCAGCCUCCUCAAGAUGCCUACGCUCCUCACACAGUCCUUCUGUGACAAGCUAGACAGGAAGAAGAAAGCCGUGUCCUUCUUUGAUGACGUCACCGUCUUCCUGUUCGACCAGGAGAGCCCCACAGGAGAGCUGGCUGACUUCACGUUUCCCCCAGGAGCAGAGUCCAGCGGCCAGGCCUCGGGCGGGGAGAACCCCCAACCGACCACCACCACCACCCCACCAUGGGCCACCACCUCCACCCCCGGACAGGGCACCACACGCCUCAGAGGACUCUGAUUGCAACAUGUCAGAAGACGGUGGUGGGUUUGAGUGGGAGGAUGACAUCCCAUUGAUGACCAGCCCGUUGUCCAGCCCGUCUACAGCUGAGCCACCGGUCUCCGAUCCCAUCCCGGUCCCUGCUGCCAAGCCUCCCGAGGACAAGCCGGUAGCAGUAACAGCAGCAUCACAGUUCUCCCGUUUCAGCGUGUCCCGCUCCCGCUUCCUCAUCACACACGUCCCCAAUCCAGACAUGAACUCUGGAGGGAGCAGUGACGAUGGAGAGAGGCAGUGAAAGAAGGAUUGAAGGGGUCUUCUCCAUGACAGGAGGGUGUUUACCUCCUCUCCUAGUAUGACUACCAGGUGUUCAGACCUGGGAUCAACAGCACCUGAUGACCCUGUAUGAGCCAAUGCCUCGUAUCGUAGUGACACAACAUCUACAUCCCAAAUGACAGCCUAUUCCCUAUGUGCCCUGGUCAACAAUAGUGGAAAACAUAGGGAACAGGUGCCAUUUGGGAUGCAGACAAACACCUUAAAUGGUUCCUUCUCUUACUUUGUAUUAUUACUCCGGAGAGAGACAGAGAGAUAGCUGUAGGAAUGAUGACAGAGUCCUGAGAGGACCACAACCAAGCAGUAUGUGACUGAUAAUAUAGAUGUAUUAGAGAUAUAUAACAUCUACACUUAUGACAAUUAUUAAUAACUUAUUUGCUCAAAUCAUCAUUGACGUUCAUUAGCGACAAGUCAUUUGGGGAAACGGAAAAAGAAGAAACAAGAAAAAAAUUACAGACUUGGUCUCAUUGCUGCUCUCUCGUUGGCUGCUUUGGUCCUCCAUCUGCUUGCUCAUUGGCUGGUUGGAUCUUCUAGAACAGUGUUACAGCGCUUCCCUGGAGCCAUUGAAUAACGUCUGAUGACCGCCCCACAGGAAGCUGCUGGGGUUCAAAGAUGGAGACAAACCCCCGCCCUUUACAAAUGACAGAGGAAUAGGGGUGGGGUGCUGUGAAACUUACUGUGCCCCAUGACAAAACCACAGGAAGGUGGACGGUCUUGCUGAUGUUUAGUUCAGGGAUAAAAAAGGUAUUAUUAUGAUGUUAUACCAUAACAUUGUUGAAUAUGUUUUCUGAUUGGCUUGAAGGGCAUUCUAGAGCGUGCAUUAUUUCCGUAUAACUCACGGUAUAUUUGCACGGUAGAAAGGCUAUAGUUGUUCUUACAUAUAUGUUUGAGCUGCUUUUGAAAGCAAAAGUUCAAUUGAAAACAUUAUUGGCAUGUUUGAAUUUUAUUUUCAUAAUGGCGAGCUAGGACUGAAGGUUUGGUUAGCUAAACUAGCAUGUUGUUUGUUUGGUUACCAAGGCAACCACUGUCGCUGUCUAGUAAACUUGCUACUUCAGUGGAUGUUAAACACAUUUCUACUGGCAAAUUAACACAUUUCUAGCAGCAAAUGUGUUCAAUUAUAGCCCUGGUAUAAAAGGAUAAUCAACUUGGGGCUCUAUGCAUACUCUGGAAAAGUGGAAGGUCAGCUGGAACACCUCCCACAUCGUUCAUUAUUUUCCAUAGAACGCAUAGCCUCUGGUUGAUUUCCCUUACAUAACAGAUCAUUAGAACCAGAGCCCUGUUGAAAUGUAUGUUAUAAUAUAUAUGGCUCUGCUUACAACUUGGUAACACUG